AUGACAGUCUCGGAUCAGCCUCUUGAUGUCCUUGUCAUCGGAGCCGGCAUUGCUGGUCUCUCGGCAGCUAUUGCCCUUGGAAAGCAGGGGCAUCGCGUUGUGAUCCUAGAGAAAUCGGCUUUCUUGAGGGAGACUGGUGCUGCAAUCCAUAUGCCGCCGAAUUGCACUUCCUUGCUUGACUGGAUGGGCAUUAAUCCGGUCAAUUUCGGGGGAACAUUGCUUCACCAGAUCCACCGAUAUGGACACGACGGAGAGUUGACGUACAAGCGAGAGUUUGCCGACAUUCGUCAUCAUUGGCAGGCAGAGUGGUACCUCGUGCAUCGAGUUGAGCUGCACAAUCACCUCAAGCAACGCGCUCUUGAAACCGCAACGCUGCAUACCCGGUGUGUAAUCACCGAGAUCAACCUAGAAGGGGCUAGCCCGUCAGUCACUCUCGAUGAUGGUCGCACUUUCAAAGCCGACCUGCUCCUUGGUGCAGAUGGAUUGCAUUCUCAGAUUCGCGAGAGUAUCGCCCCAGACUUUCCCUCCCCAUACUCCGUCGGCAAGUCAUGCUUCCGUUGGCUUCUCCCCAUAGAACAACUAAGACAGGAUCCAAGCACUGCGGGUUUUGUGCAAGAUACCGGCGUGUUUAUCGAGUGGGCAUCCGAUGACCGGCGACUCGUGGCUUACCCUUGCUCUGAUGGCAAAAUCCUCAAUCUCUGUGCUUUUAUUCCUUUGGAUGAAGUUCAGGCAGAUAAGCAAAGCGACAGUAAGGGGUCUCCUUGGAUUUUGACCAAUAAAGGCACUGACAAAUUGGCAUUAUCAGGUUGGCAGGCAACUGGAGACAAGACUACAAUUGUCAAGGCCUUUUCCAAGUUUGCACCCGGUGUUCAACAAAUCAUCGCCAGCGCGGACAAGGAUCUCAAAGUAUGGGAUUUGUACGAUAUGGAGUCACUGCCGACCUGGACUCAAGGCCAUGCUGCACUUCUGGGAGACGCAGCACAUCCGUUCCAGCCAUACAUGGGACAGGGAGGGGCUAUGGCAAUCGAAGAUGCGGUCAGCAUUGCCACCUUGCUUCCUUGUGGCACCACACCGCAGGAUAUCCCUAUGCGACUCGAAAUGUAUCAAAAGGCUCGUCAACCACGGGUCGACCUCGUUCUCCACUACACUCGAAUGAAUGGACGGGAUGCAAAGGAUGCAGCCGGUGAUAGAAUCACACGUACGUUCCAUUAUAUCCUUGGGAAAUAUUCAAGCUAA